CCAGUGAGUUAGUGAACCUCGGUCGUGAACAAACUCUUUCGCUGCACAGCCUACACAGCAACAUGAGCAAGAUGUUGAACGAAAUCUGUGAUAUGUUGGACGGAUACACCGGACGGGAUAAGAUCAUACGGAUGCUUUGCUACACGACUAAGCUGGCCUCAGGACUGUACGCCCAAAAGGACCCGGAAUUGGCAAGAAAAUUGGCUAUUUUCAGCUCGAAGAUGUCCGAAACACGUGCCACCCUUCGACUGUUCGAUGAUCUGCCGAUGCUGGCGUACAGCUUGAGCUAUGGUUACGGUAGCAAAGAACCGGACCGGUGGAUGGGACUGAUUGGAUUCAUCUCAAAUCUGGUCGACCAUGCCUACUAUCCGGUGGACAAAGUUUGUUGGCUUCUGGAGCACAAUCUGCUGAACGUGCAGAAUCCCACCAAGUGGGACACGAUCAACUCCUUGCUGUGGGUUGGGUCGAUAUACCUCAAUCUGAUGAAAACUAUUCGGAGCUUCACCGUAAUGGAGCAACAUAAAUCAUGUAUAGAUAAAAAAGAAAACGAAGCAAGGUUAGACAUCCGUCAAGCAUUUCAAAUGUUGCUGGUUAAGCAACGCAUGGAAGCCCUUUCAAUUCUACGGUUAUCAUUGGACCUAAUUCAUGCCGGCAGUACACUACCGAAAGGUAUGCUUUGGGGUGGAUGCUUCCAAACUUGGCACGUUGGGUUAAUUGGUACCGUAUCGUCGCUAAUGGGUCUGUAUCAAUAUGUCGCCAAAAAGCGAAUCGUUAAACAGUGUUCCUAGUGCAGCGUACUGUGAAGCAAAACUACUCUAAUGCUCAUGCUGCUCAUUCAAUUGCUUCUUAGUGUCCAGCCACAAAACCGUUAUUAUAUCGUAGAAAAACUAAUAGUAUCUAUGGUGUAAAGUAAAACAAUUUAGAUGUUUAAAUGCUGUGCGAUAAGCUUUUCUCGCAAGUGAUUCGAAAAUGAAGUUGGAUGAGAAGACUAUCGGUUUUGACUUUCGCAUUUUUCAGUACGAAGAGAAGGUGAUUUAUGCAAAUUUGUUUGUAUGUUGUAACACUCAAUUUGGAAAACAUUUACGCUAAAACACUCUAAGUGAAGUCUAGUCAGUGUGU